AUGCCUCACUCUGUCAACAACUCGACUUCCACCGGAGCGAAAAUGUCACGGCCGUCAUCCACCUCCACCUACUCGGCAUCGAAUGCUUUCCCUAAGCAGGCUGGUGCUGCCCUCCUUGCCCCCGAGCCAAACGAUGUGCAACCACUGUCAUCGCCAUCUCAGCUUUCCUUCACAUCAUCCCCGCGGUCCAUCUUGGAAGCCCCUGCGUUCGAUGAUUCAAGAUUACGGCCUGCUACAUCUGCCGGUGCCAACAUUGCACGCCCCUACUCCCGCCAGCGCGCACAGUACUACGAGGAGCAGUUCUCUUACAAAGAGGGUACCUCAUCAUCUGCGCGCGACCGCGUGACCAAAGAUGCACCCAUUGUUGCAGAGCUGAGGACCAAUGUAAUUAUCAAGGAUGAGUACACCCUUGUCACCGACCUCUCCCACCAUCUCUCGACGCGCUACCAGAAGCCCGAGACCUCGAUUAUGAUAACGGUCAACCACUCUGCGUGCUUGUUGCUUGGAGGUUCUUUCGAGCCGACCUACAUUCUCACCAUCAAUGCACUGCCCGUGCAGCUGCAGCCAACUCUCAACAAGCGCAAUGCCGCCAUGAUCCAGAACUUCAUGACCGAGUCGAUUGGCGUGCCAAUUGACCGUGGCAUUGUCAAGUUCGUUGCGAUACAAGAGGAGAGCUUUGCGAUGAACGGGAUGACCAUCCUGGGCGAGAUUGAAAACCUUGAGCGCACCCAGGCUGAGGAGACAGGCAUGAAGCGGGCUAUGACCAAGACCUCCCGCCGAUCUGGUGUCGCCAAAGCGAAGAGUAGCAUCACGCUCUCUCGCAAGACUUCCAAGGCUAACACCAAAGGAAGAACAGUCACCCCUCCGCUUCCUAGCCCUGGUCCACUCGAUUCCGGAAUAGCUGUCAACGAGAACGGCCUCAAGGAGAGCGUACCAGUUCAGUCUGUGGACAGCAAGAUCAACCGCAAGCAAUCAGAGCCGAUCAUGAGCAAGUUCAGCAGGAAACCCAGUACCAAUCUGAUCCCGCCACCAAUUCCUGAAAGCAAAACAACAAAGCAUUCAAUGCCUAAGCGCAAGAGUCUGCUAAACAUUUUCCGCCGAUGA